AUGACCUCUCAUUUGUUGCCUCCAGCGUACGCCACUUUGCGACUGCGGCUGCUGGACUGCUCCUCCUGCGCCCUCCUGCAUGCGCUGCAGCCGCCGCGGACAGGCGUCCUUUCAAGCGCCGUUGCUAGGUUUGCCAUGGACGUCAUCACAGGCGCCGUUGUUGUUGGUGGUGCGACGGAAGCUCUUGUGCCCUUUGCCCUGUUACAAAGCCUUCACGAGAAUUUAUUGUCGAUGACGAGCGAGACACAACGAGGCGCAGCAUGGAACACGCUUGUUGAGGGAAACCAACUGGUGGUUCUCGUCGAGCCAUGUGAGGUGCCGCUGCUAAUCAAGCAAUUUCCAAAGUACAAGAAGGUUUGUAUUUGUGUGCCAUCAGGCCCGCUUGCAUCGCGGAUGCUUUUUCAGAAGAAGCAUCUGGAUGAAUUUUACGUGGAGGAGCUAACCCCAGCCAUGGCCGCGUUGUCAUCGGCGGAGGACUACAGCUGGACGGCGUGGAUGCGCUCCUCGCUGACGUGCCGCUUUGAGGGACUUUACGUCCCCAGCAUACGCGUUGCCGAAAGCGUGGCACAUUUGUUGGCCACCGACGGUGGUUGUGCACGUGUGGUGCUGGAGGAAAGCAUCCGUGGGUUGACUCCACGCUGGUUGGAGACUGUCAUGAAGACCAUAUCGUCAUGCGGCGUGCCACUGGGGCGAGUGGCACUCGCCUUGUGCCACAACGAGAAGAAUGAUGGUGAUCUUAUCUCGCGGGCCAUGGGAAUGGGCAUUGGAGGCUUGGCGGUGUCCACUGUUCCUGCACCGCUCUUUCUCCACGCAGAGGAGCUGGUGGGCAUCGACGACGUGGUCGCCCUCGCAACUGGAUGGAAUGACGUCUGCGGGAGUGUUUGCGCGGAGGAGUUGGCGUCCCUCGACGACUGCAUCGAAUACAGUGGUGCGGUGCGAGAAGAGUGGGACCGGCUCUGGCGGAGGACGGAGACGCAGGCCCAUUGA